GGUCCAUUACCACCUCUAAAAGUCAUGAACAUACUCUGUGUUGGCUUCAAAAAAUGGAGCUGAGGAUUAUUCAUAUCGCUGCUCGUCAAACCUGUCAAAAAAGACUUCCCGUUCCGAGCCACAAAUGAAAUGGAACUGAGGAUUAUUCAUCUGUAGUUUUGCUUAUAUGAGCCAAGUGAAAUCUUUUCUUAAGACAUUCUAGUCUUCUUCCACUUGGGGGAUUUCUUCUCAGACCUUGCUCCAAUUUGCAGUAGUUUUCAAUUCACUGAGAGAGAUUGGCGAGGUGAAGUGAAGUUAAUUUGGGGGGUGCUUAAUUGAUGGGGUGUGUUUGGCUGAUUUGGAAAUCCAAGUGUGCAUUUGGCUAAACAUCUAGACAAUUUCAAUGGCCACGUCACCAUUUCGUCUUUCACGUAGUUAAAAUAUGGCGGCAAAUGUAAAUUUGUAUAUCUGUGUAUCUACGGUCUGAAUUAGGGUUCUUUUGGUUGAAUACCAAUAAAAAUAUUUGCAAGUUCUCAAAAAUGGAGGCAGUGGAUGACUCGGAAUCGUCGCAGAUGUGUAAUUUAGCGGUUUUGGACUCUCUGAAUGAAGAUUUAAUUGGAGAAAUUGACGAUAGCUGGAAUGGAUUUUGCUUAUCUACAGAAGCACUUCUCAAAGGCAAUGGCGAUUUAUCGUUCGCCUCGGAUUUUGUGAAGCAAGUGCAGAAUCUUUGCAACCGCGGACUGGAUUCUCUCGUCAUUGAACACUUCCUUGGCUCCCUUGAGGAAACUUUUGAGAAAAAUGGGGCAUCAAGGUUUUGGAGGCAUUUUGAUGCCUAUGGUGAUCUCGCAGUUCUAGAAAUGAAUGAUCAGGAUCAGCAAGACGAGAUCCAGCAAGUAUUACACAAUGCUUUGGAAGAGAUAUCAUCCGAAAAACAAUACCAGGAGAAGUGCCUAUCAUUGUUGGUUCAUGCUUUACAAACAUACAGAGAAAAUAAGUCAGAUGGACAAAUCAGUUCAGAUGCAAAGUGCAACCUUCUUUUCUCGAAGUAUCAUUUAACAUUAUCUUCAGUCCUCGUGACCAGUCUUCCUCGGCAUUUUCCAGAUGUACUUCACUGGUAUUUUAAGGGACGACUGGAAGAGUUAAGUACAAUCAUGGCUACAGGCUAUGAGGACGAUAGUGCAUUGCAAGCAGAAGAUGAAAUGGACUUGGAUGAGAAAAGCAAGCUAUCGUGCAGAACUGGAAAAAUGGAUAUUGAUGGAUCCCACCUCCAUGGAAUAUUUUUGGGGAACAACAAAUUAGUGAAGAACAUCGGGAUGCUUGUUCGUGAUCUUAGGAAUCUUGGCUUUACCUCAAUGGCUGAAGAUGCCUAUGCGUCUGCUAUAUUUUUCCUAUUGAAGACUAAAGUACAUGAGCUGGCUGGUGAUGAUUACAGGAGUUCGGUUUUGGAGUCCAUUAAACGAUGGAUACAGGCUGUGCCCCUCCAAUUCUUGCAUGCCCUUCUUGCUUACCUUGGUGAUUCUAAAAGUAAUGGAAGCCCUUCUUCUGGUCUUAAGUCACCUUUGGCAUCUUAUCCAUCCUCUGACUAUUAUGGAACUGGAACUCCCUCUGAGGGACUUGUCAGAUGGCAGUUGCGCUUAGAGUAUUUUGCUUAUGAAACCUUGCAAGAUCUAAGAAUUGCCAAGCUUUUUGAAAUUAUUGUGGAUUAUCCAGACAGGUAUUUUUUGAUGACGAGUGCAAGCAACAAAGAUCAAUUAAGAAGAAUGAGAAGAAAGAAUCAAGAGGGAGAUUUAGCAAUAAUGGUUUUCUUUGUCAAUGACCUUAGAGAGCUAUUGCAGGAUGAGGCACUUAAUGUGCCUGGGCCAGUGGACCAGCUGCUAAGUGAUUAUGCUAAAAGAUUUCAUGAAGUCAAGACACCUCGUAAGCUCCUUUGGAAGAAAAAUCUUGGUACUGUAAAGUUGGAGCUUGAAUUUGAAGAUAGAGUGCUACAGUUUACAGUCACUCCGCUUCAGGCUUCUAUAAUCAUGCAGUUUCAAGAUAAAACAAGUUGGACCUCGAAGAAUCUUGCUUCUGCUGUUGGUGUACCUGUGGAUGUCUUGAAUAGGAGAAUAAAUUUUUGGAUAAGCAAGGGAAUUCUUGCAGAAUCAAUUGAAGCAGAUUCUAGUGACCAUAAAUUUACUUUGGUGGAAGCCUUGGUUGACAGUGGAAAGACUGCAGCUAAUGUUGGGAGCUGUGAAGAGCUUCUGGGGGUUGAUGAGGAUGGAGAGCGAUCAGUAGUCUCUGUUGAGGAUCAACUACACAAAGAAAUGACAGUUUAUGAGAAAUUUAUCACGGGGAUGCUUACCAAUUUUGGCAGCAUGGCAUUGGACCGCAUUCAUAAUACUCUCAAGAUGUUUUGUAUAGGUGACCCUUCUUAUGACAAAUCGCUCCAACAGUUGCAAAGCUUCUUGUCCGGUUUAGUUGCAGAGGAGAAGUUGGAACUUAGAGAAGGAAUGUAUUUCUUGAAGAAGUAAUGAACCAAUAAGUUACAACUAAGGCGAUCCAUGUGUAAAACAUGUUAUAAAUCAGCAAUAUUUAUGUCUUGGCUUGCUUUUUGUUGUUAAGGACGAAGAAGGGUAGCAAGCAUUUUUGUUUUUGGGUUAUUU